AAAAAGGAAAGUGAGAAAAAUGAGAAAAAGGUGGCAAAGUGAACAAGUGAUUAUGACAUUAGCAUUGCUGUUACAACUCAUUUUUCUGGACUAGCAACAUUUUCAACAUACAACACUUUGAAUUCGUUGUUUCUUUCUUCUUCUUCUUCUUCUUCUUCUUCUUCUUCUUCUUCUUCUUCUCAGCAUUCAGUUUUGAAAUAAUGGAAAACUUGCAGCCCUUUUUUAUAUAGCCAAACACUGCUUAUUUCUGGUCUCUCUCUCUGCUAGCUAAAGGUGCCUGGCACAGAAUUGGUUAGGCGUUUUUGCUGCUAUAUCAAUUAAAUCAUAAUAACAAUUGCAGAGGUCCAUUGAGGAAUUGUAAUUUAUCCUAGCAUUACAGUAAUGCCAAGUUGUAAAGAGACAGGAUCAGUGGAUGUUCAUGGGGACACUUCUUCCUGUUCAUCUCUAAAUGGUUAUGAGUCGGGGAAUCAAAUUCACCUCAACAUUUCAACAUCUAGAAAGGAUUUACUAAGCAAAAAGGAUGUUGACAGCAGAUAUCUUAGUAUUAUAAGUAGUCUUCCGAGUAGGUUGAGAUUCCUUAAAUUUGCUUCUGGUAGUGGUGGUUUGGUUUCACCAACAGCUAGAUUUCGCCAGUUUGCAGAGAAAAGAGAUGAAAUAUCACGGUCUGUCCUUUCUUCUUCAAAUGUGCAAGGUCCUCGCAAACGUUCAAAAGGAAAUUUUAUUCGGGAAUUUGAUUGGGCCCUCUCAUAUAAAGCCAGCAAAAAAUGGAUAAGAAACCCGAUGAAUAUGGCACUUUUACUAUGGAUGAUAUGUGUAGCAACCUCUGGGGCAAUUCUGUUUUUUGUGAUGACGGGAAUGUUAAAUGGCGUUCUACCAGAGAAAUCUCAAAGAAAUCAAUGGUUUGAGGUUAACAAUCAAAUCAUUAAUGCUCUGUUUACUCUCAUGUGUUUGUUUCAGCAUCCGAAGCGCUUCCACCACCUUGCACUUCUUUUCAGAUGGAAGCAGGAUGACAUCUCUCGUCUCCGAAAGAUCUAUUGCAAGGAUGGAACUUACAAGCCUCAUGAGUGGUUCCACAUGAUGGUAGUCAUUAUUUUACUCCAUGUCAACUGUUUUGCACAGUACUCAUUGUGUGCUCUGAAUUUGGUAUAUAAAAGGGCUGAGCGACCGGCUAUAGGCGUUGCUAUAUGCCUUGUUAUUGCAGCUGCAGCUCCAGCAAUUGCUGGGCUUUACUGUAUUCUAAGUCCACUUGGAAGAGAGUAUGAAUUGGAAGUAGACGUGGAAGAACCGGACCGAAUUCUCACAGUCAGCACUAACCAGACUAGCUAUUUGCGAGCCAAGGUUACUGAGAAGACAUUGGCAUUUGAAUCAAAAACUGAUGAGAUGUUUCUUCAGGCAGGGCCCAAGUGGAGAGGCGGGCUUUUAGAUAUAUGGGAAGAUAUUACUGUAGCCUAUCUUUCGUUGUUCUGUACUUUCUGCGUUUUCGGGUGGAAUAUGCAAAGACUAGGCUUUGGAAACAUGUACGUUCACAUCGCAACAUUUCUGCUUUUCUGCAUGGCACCAUUCUGGAUAUUUAACUUGGCAGCUGUGAAUGUUGAUAACGACAGUGCAAGGGCGGCACUGGGAAUGACUGGUGUCAUACUAAGUUUGCUUGGUUUACUUUAUGGUGGCUUUUGGAGGAUCCAAAUGAGAAAGAGAUUUAAUUUGCCGCCUAAUAACUCAUGUUGUGGAAUACCAGAAUAUACAGAUUGUGUUCAGUGGCUCUGUUGCUGUUGGUGCUCUCUUGCGCAGGAAGUCCGGACAGCAGAUUAUUAUGAUAUCGUGGAAGAUAGAUUAUGCAGAAAAUCAAUGAACAGCGCUGUUGCAAGCCCUCUUUCACCUUUGACGCGUGAACAAGGAUUUAAAGAAUAUAGAUCCGAGUCAAGUUCUCCAUCAAGAAACAAACCUAAAGUGUCCAUGCUCCAACCAGAGGAUAACUUGCCAGGUCCUAGUAGAAAAUGUACAGAUCAUUCAGGAGAACACUCCAUAUUGCAAGGAGAAAUUAUCAGAGAGGAGAUCAUGAAACCACCUGUUCCCGCAUUGAUAAAGAGAGAAGAUGACUUGAAUCAACAAAGCUAAGUUCAAAUAUGUUUACUUAAAUAUUUUCGUUCAUCAGUGUGUUCUAUUAUUUUCUGUUUAAUGUAUCUUUUUGUUUUAGCUGUGUUUAUCAAUGAGCUUGCUGAGCUUCCAUUAACAGCUCAUCACCUUGUCAAAGUAGACUUUUGAAUCAGCCAUUGUCACACAACUCA